AUGGCAGGGAAGCUCAAAGAUGAAAUUUCCGUCUAUUGCAACGACGAAGGAGCUCUUUUCGUCGAAGCCAAUGUGGAUUGCAAUCUUUAUGAGUUUCUCACCAAACCUGAUGCUAAAUUGCUGAACCAUUUCCCUCCCACCAACGAUCCCACAACCCGUGAUUUUGCUCCAGGUUGCAUGGGGAUUAUCCAGUUCACGAGGUUUCAAUGUGGAGGGACCGCCAUUAGCCUGGACUUCAAAUUUGCGCGGCUGCAGCCAAACUGCGUCCUCAAAGCCACGGCCAAACUACAUGCCCCCACCCGGAAAGUUGAUGACGAAGAGAUUCGUGUUCGAAGCUUCAAAGAUUGCUGGCUCAAAGCCAAAGUUGGUCCGAUCCGAAAACAAUACCCGUCUCGGGUUGAAGUUGUUUUGGCCCUGAUCUUGAAAGGCGUAAUGUCUGCUUCUCGAUCGAUAACAGGGUCGACAAGACCGUCGGUGUUGUUUCAGGCAGUGGAUUUACGCAGAAGGAUGAAUCCGCCAUUGCCGAAAAACUUCAUUGGUAAUCUUUUCUGGUUAGCUCCAUUGGUAAUAAAAGAAGACGAAAUGGAUUUGAAAAUCAUGGUGUAUGAGAUGAAGGAAGCUGUGAAUUCAUUUAGCUUGAAGGCAAGCAAAUUUAAUGGAGAAGAAGGCUUUUCAGUAAUCAGGGAAUUUUUCAAAGGGAGAGAAUGUUAUAAGGAUAUGGAACGUUAUAGUUGCGCAAGUUGGUGUAAAUUUCCAUUGUAUGAAACUGAUUACGGAUUUGGAAAGCCUGUUUGGGUAAGUAGCACGAUUGUAGCGUUCAAGAACACAAUAGUUUUGGUGGAUACCAAACAAGGUGAUGGAAUUGAGGCUUGGGUUGCAUUGGAGGAAGAAAAUAUGUUGAUUUUUGAAGGUAAAUUAUAA